GAAGUGCCAGAUGAGCUUAUUUACCGUUCAUGCCAGUGUUAUAUGGAGGAAGUGCCCUCUGUAGGGGGUACUAGAUCAUGUUUGAGUAAGGGAGUGGAUGAUAGAGCGGAUGGAUGGAGAUUAUCGGUAAACAAUGAUCAGAGUUGUUGUCAGUUACAGGACGAGGAAACGAAGACGAAGAAAACAGAGAAUGGAAAAAUAACUGGACUUGUAGUUGAGGGAGAGGAGAUCCCCGCUUCCCUUGACUCUGUGAGCCACAAUGCUGAAAAUCUCCCACUAGAUCCCAAAUUAAAACCGAAACCUUCUGGACAGGCUUCUGCCCUGAAGGGGGAACAGAAAGGCAAUAACACUAGUAGAAACAGUAUGGACUGCAAAAAUGACAAGCCCUCAGAGUUGAUUGCACAUGAGGGCAAAAAAGAAGCCCUAGCAUCUCUGAAUGGUGUGGUGACACUAAACUGUGGGCAGCUCAGCAACGGUUAUCCUUGCAAUGAUGGUAGCGGCUCAGAAAGCGGUUAUACCACACCGAAAAAGCGUAGAGCCCAGCGAAAUGGUAGAGCUGUGGACAAUGUAAAUGCUUCAAACCAAGGGAAGGCCAUGCAGCAGGCUGGGAAGCAAGAGCCAGCUUCAGCAGCUACUGAACUGGCAGACAGAACGUCAGCAGCACAGGUCGACUCCAAUAAAGCAUCUUUAAAAGUAGACAGCCAUACUGGCGGUUUCACAAAAGUCAGAGAGGCAGCUGCUACCCCUCCUCCACAGCCUAUGUCUGCACCUGAGGUUUACCGAAAGAGCUCUGGAAAAAAAUUCGAGGACAAAUCUACCAAAACUAAAGUGGCAACAUCGGCCAAAGAGGACUCGUGGACUCUGUUUAAGCCUCCACCUGUGUUUCCUGUGGACAACAGUAGUGCUAAGAUUGUGCCUAAGAUAAGUUAUGCAAGCAAAGUUAAAGAGAACCUCAAUAAGGCAGCCCAAGCUGGCACAGAUGCUCCCUCUCCUGCUCCACAGGUUCCUGGGAGGCCCUCACAGGUGCCCAUGUCAGCUGUGAAAACCAUCACCUCUGCCAGUUUUAGCAACGGUGAAGGCAACAUCUGCCCGUUACCCGGUCCUCACUUCAGCUCAGUGCAGAGCGUGCCAGUCUCCUCCUCUGCAGGGACUGAUCAUGUAGCAUCUUCCUCCACUAGUAGCGGCAAUGUCACCUCCACUUCGGUGCCAGAGCCCAGGAAGCCUAAUCUCUUUGUUUACCCCUUGUCUGGCUCCUCCUCUUCUAAUAUGCAACUUAAUUUACCCAGUGGCCGCCAAUCUGACCCUCCGUCUUCUGCCCCGAACCAGAAGUCUCUGGGUGACAUCUUCCAGAACCAGUGGGGUUUGUCGUUCAUCAACGAACCCAGUGGCAGUCCGGAAGGCCCUACGUCCUGCUCCUCGGUCAAGGACAAACCCAAGGAGGAGAUUGUGGCCAUGCAGGCCCAUAGUGUGCCCCAGACGCUAGAUCAGCAGACAUUUGCCAAGGCGUACGAUUCAGACAAUCGGACUAGUGCUCAGAGCGCAAGUAAAGGUGGAAACCUCAUCCUGCCUGCCACUGGUGUGUCCACCGAGGGCUUGCCCCAGGCAUCAAACCUUGAACUGGAUACCCAUAAGGAUGAGCCUGGGAUCUCUGGUGCAAUAGUGUUUUGCUCUUCCUCUAAGGAUGUAGGGGUGGACGUGCCACGCAAGUUGUCUUUGGCCAGAGAGCAAGGCUACACCAAGGGCUUUGAGAGGAGGGCCAGCUGGGACUUUUUUGAUCUUAAAGCUGCUGUAGUUUAUCACACUAAAGAAAUGGAAAAUAUUUUUAAUUUGCAAAAACAAGAUCCGAGUCGUGUAGUACUCUACAGUGAUUCUAAGAACGGACCUGAUCAGUGAACAGUGAGCCUGGACGCACCGUCUCCUCAGCUGGACUCUGCUAAGAAAGGUGCUUCAUGGAACAUGCUUGCAGCCUCUGAUCAACAUCCGGACUCGGAACAAACCAACCCUGAAGACGGAGUUAUAAAAGACUUCAUUAGUCAGUCAGUCGGUUGGUGGGUGAGGCUGAAUGCAGAGAGAAGGGGUACGCUUGGUAAAACGGGUUAGCUGAAUUAGAAUGGGGAAAGUGCGGAACUGAAGCCAAAACGCUUUUACUCUUAAGCAGUCUAGUGAACCCAUUUUUGCUGAGACAAUUCUAGGAUCUUCUACUCACAAUGUCGAAAGCUCACAGUAAGUCUUUGUCCCACCAGUGGGCAACGGCAUUUUUCUUUUUUUAAAGAGAUGGUGGACUUUAUUCUGCUUGCUGCCAGAGAAGAGGAAGCGCCUGGUGGUGCCUCCGCGGCCCCCAUGGGAAAUUCAGAGAAUCAUGUGGACACAGAGUGCUCUUGUUUGUACACACUGAAACACUAUGGAGUUAGUGUUGCCCUCUAGUGAUUGGGGGUCAGAAAAAUGUGGCCAGAUGAAACAAAACAACUGUUUAAUGUUUCAGGGGACACUAACCAUUUGAGUCAAGAUGGCAAAUACUAAAGCCCUGAGAUAUCUGUCUUAAUUUGUGAAUGAGUUUAGAUCAGUCACAUUAGUGACAUCUGUCUUUGUUUUAAUUUCUCUCUUUUUUCUUUUUUCUUUUUUAGUAAUACUUAAGGUAGAAACGAGCCCUACGAGAGGUUAUAGGGUACACUAAAACCAAGACUAAGUGUGCAAACUGCUGUCUGUAUGAGUGCUCAAAGUCUUAUUGUCGACUUUUUACCCUUCUGCCAUCAGACAACUCUUUGCUUCAAGUUUUUCAGUUCAGAGACGGCAGAGAUUUUAUUAUUUUUACUUUGCAAUUUUGUAUUAACGUUUAGAUCCCAGUUGAGAGUAUGAGAGACGUGCCUCAGCUGUGAUUGUUGCUUCUGCUUCACUUCUGUUUAAGUCUUUGAAGCCACCGUUUUAAACAGCUCUUGCUUUCUCGACGUAUUUUUGCACAAGGAACAAAAUCUGCUGUUGGUGGUGCAAGGGCUACGAGGCCACGGUUUAGUGUGACACUAGCUUAAACAGCUGCUUGAAAGAAGAUCUGGCCUUCAUAUUUGACGUGCAUGACCAGGAACCCUAGUUUUUUAUUAUUAGCUCAACUUUUAUGCAUUUACAGUUUAAAGCUCAUGGAUUA